AUGCAACACCCCAAAGAUAGAGGAAACUGUUUCAGAGCUGAAGUUUUGGAUGAUGUGGUUGAGAAAGUGAGAAGUCAAAUGUAUGUGAAAUCUCCCUUAGAGCGUGUCUUGAUAAAUUCAUGUGAGGAACUUACUUUAGAAGAAGAAUCUGAACUAGAGGAGAUUUCACAACAUUUGGAAAGAUUGAAAGAAGAGAAAUCCACUGAUGUGAAAGUGGAAAAAUUAGAAAAGGCUAACUUAGAUGAUCAGGAAAAGAUGGAAUUAAAAAUGCUUCUUGAUCAUCUUAAGUAUGUGUUUUUAAAGGAAAAUUCCAAGAAACCUGUGAUCAUAAGCAAUUCUCUAUCAAGGAGUGAUGAAGCAAAAUUGGUUGAAAUCUUAAAAGAGAAUAAAAAGGCAAUAGGUUGGCAUAUUUCUUAUUUGAAAGGUAUAAGUCCAACGUAUUGCAUGCAUAAGAUUAUGAUGGAAGAGGACUAAAAACCCAUAGCACAACCACAGAGGAGAUUGAAUCCAAAUUUGAAAGAGGUGGUGAGAAAGGAAGUACUUAAAUUGCUUGAAGCAGGAAUGAUAUAUCCUAUCUCUGAUAGUGCUUGGGUAAGUCUUGUGCAUGUUGUUCCUAAGAAAGGGGGUAUGACUGUUGUUCAAAAUGAUAAGAAUGAAUUAAUUCCUACAAGAACAGUCACAGGGUGGAGAAUGUGUAUUAAUUAUAGAAAAUUAAAUCAAGCCACCAGGAAGGACCAUUUUUCUCUCCCUUUUAUGGAUCAAAUGUUGGAAAGGCUGGCAGGACAAGCCUACUAUUGUUUCCUGGAUGGGUAUUCCAGGUACAAUCAAAUAGUAGUAAAUCUUGAAGACCAAGAAAAAACUGCUUUCACUUGUCCCUUUGGUGUGUUUGCAUACCGAAGGAUGCCAUUUGGUCUAUGUAAUGCUCCUACUACAUUUCAACGUUGCAUGCUAGCCAUUUUUGUUGAUCUUGUUGAGAAUUGCAUAGAAGUUUUCAUGGACGAUUUCUUAGUCUUUGGCAAAUCAUAUGAUUUAUGCUUGCAGAACCUGGAUGUAGUCUUGAAAAGAUACAUUGCCACGAACCUUGUGUUGAAUUGGGAAAAAUGUCAUUUUAUGGAUAAGGAUAUGGAGGGAAAUAAUGAGGAUGAACAACCAAGAGUUAGGCGUACGUUGGAAGAUUAUGCUUCUGUGUCUAUACCUUCAUCUUUCAACAGUAUAGCCCGACCUGAGGUGAAUGCUGCUCAUAUGGAAAUGAAGCCAACACUGAUUCACCUUGUUCAAAGUAACCAGUUUACAGGACUGUCACACGAAAAUCCCUACGAUCAUCUGACAACGUCUAAUGAUAUUUGUAAUACUGUAAAAAUGUUACAUGUGCUAGAUGAAGAAAUCAGACUGAGUCUCUUUCCGUUCUCAUUAGCUGGAAAUGCCAAGCUUUGGCUAAAUUCUUUUCCUGAGGGAAGUCUGAUUGUUUGGGAUGACGUUGUGGCAAAGUUUUUGCAUAAAUAUUUCCCCCAAUCCAAGAUAAAUAAAGGCAAACAAGAAAUAUCCUCCUUUCAACAAGAGCCUGAAGAGUCGUUGAGUCAAACAUGGGAUAGGUUCAAGGGGUUGUUGAGAAAAACUCCAAUUCAUGGGUUUGACGUUCCCACUCAAUUAAACCUUUUCUUAGGAGGUUUAAAAUCUCACACAAAGCUUAUGCUAGAUGCCUCAACUGGAGGUAACAUUAGGUGGAAGACACCUGAUGAGGCACAUGAAAUAAUUGAAAAUAUGGCAUCUAGUGAUAAUGAUGUCCAAAGUUGUGAACUAUGUGGUGGAGAGCAUCAAAAUGGACAGUGUGCUAUUCAGUCCAAUGCUAAGGAAGAGGUUAGUUCUAGUAGACCACCACAACAACAGUUUCAACAACAACCUACUCUUUCUAAUAGGACAUCCAAACUGGAAGAAACUCUUCAACAAUUCAUGCAAAUAUCCAUAUCAAAUCAAAAGAGCACAGACGCUUCUAUAAGGAAUUUAGAAGUUCAAAUGGCGCGAUUGGCAAAGAAAUUAGAAGAUAAGCCUGUAAAUACAUUUGGAGCUAACACUGAACCAAAUCCAAAAGAGCAUUGCAAAGCUAUAACUACAAGGAGUGAUAAAGUGUUAGAAAGUGUAGUUGUAAAGAAGGAGGAUGAAAAGAAAAAAUCAAGUGAAGAGCAGGAUGAGAAAGAAGAGAAAGUUGAGGAAGAAGAAGAUAAAAAGAAGGAAGUGGAAGAGUGUCAUAAAGGAAAGCAAGUUUUGAAUCUUUUACCGUAUCCAAAGACUUAUUCUAGAAAGGAAAAGGAAAGUCAAUUUUCUAGAUUCAUGGCUCUCUUCAAAAAGCUGGAAAUCACAAUUCCCUUUUUAGAAGCACUUCAACAAAUACCCUCUUAUGCUAGAUUUAUGAAAGAUUUGUUGACAAAGAAGAGAAAAUAUAUUGAGGAAGAAACAAUUGAGAAAAUUGGGGACAUGGAAGUAAAACCAACAAGGAUGACACUCCAACUAGCAGACAGGUCUGUCAAGUAUCCAUAUGGAGUUAUUGAAGAUGUUUCAGUGAAAGUUGACAAAUUCACUUUUCCAGUGGAUUUUGUUAUUCUAGAUAUGGAGGAGGAUACUGAAGUCCCCCUUAUACUUGGAAGACCUUUUAUGAAAACUGCUAGGGUGAUAAUUGAUGUUGAUGAUUUGGAAGCUAUGCAACACCCCAAAGAUAGAGGAAACUGUUUCAGAGCUGAAGUUUUGGAUGAUGUGGUUGAGAAAGUGAGAAGUCAAAUGUAUGUGAAAUCUCCCUUAGAGCGUGUCUUGAUAAAUUCAUGUGAGGAACUUACUUUAGAAGAAGAAUCUGAACUAGAGGAGAUUUCACAACAUUUGGAAAGAUUGAAAGAAGAGAAAUCCACUGAUGUGAAAGUGGAAAAAUUAGAAAAGGCUAACUUAGAUGAUCAGGAAAAGAUGGAAUUAAAAAUGCUUCUUGAUCAUCUUAAGUAUGUGUUUUUAAAGGAAAAUUCCAAGAAACCUGUGAUCAUAAGCAAUUCUCUAUCAAGGAGUGAUGAAGCAAAAUUGGUUGAAAUCUUAAAAGAGAAUAAAAAGGCAAUAGGUUGGCAUAUUUCUUAUUUGAAAGGUAUAAGUCCAACGUAUUGCAUGCAUAAGAUUAUGAUGGAAGAGGACUAUAAACCCAUAGCACAACCACAGAGGAGAUUGAAUCCAACUUUGAAAGAGGUGGUGAGAAAGGAAGUACUUAAAUUGCUUGAAGCAGGAAUGAUAUAUCCUAUCUCUGAUAGUGCUUGGGUAAGUCUUGUGCAUGUUGUUCCUAAGAAAGGGGGUAUGACUGUUGUUCAAAAUGAUAAGAAUGAAUUAAUUCCUACAAGAACAGUCACAGGGUGGAGAAUGUGUAUUAAUUAUAGAAAAUUAAAUCAAGCCACCAGGAAGGACCAUUUUUCUCUCCCUUUUAUGGAUCAAAUGUUGGAAAGGCUGGCAGGACAAGCCUACUAUUGUUUCCUGGAUGGGUAUUCCAGGUACAAUCAAAUAGUAGUAAAUCUUGAAGACCAAGAAAAAACUGCUUUCACUUGUCCCUUUGGUGUGUUUGCAUACCGAAGGAUGCCAUUUGGUCUAUGUAAUGCUCCUACUACAUUUCAACGUUGCAUGCUAGCCAUUUUUGUUGAUCUUGUUGAGAAUUGCAUAGAAGUUUUCAUGGACGAUUUCUUAGUCUUUGGCAAAUCAUAUGAUUUAUGCUUGCAGAACCUGGAUGUAGUCUUGAAAAGAUACAUUGCCACGAACCUUGUGUUGAAUUGGGAAAAAUGUCAUUUUAUGGUUCGUGAGGGGAUUGUCUUAGGACAUAAGAUCUCAUCCAGGGGGAUAAGUUUAGAUCAAGCUAAGGUUGAUGUGAUUGAAAAGCUACCACCUCCUACAAAUGUGAAAGGGGUAAAAAGCUUUCUUGGACAUGUUGGAUUCUACAGAAGAUUUAUAAAAGAUUUUUCUAAGAUUGCUAAACCCCUUUGCAAUUUGCUUGUGAAAGACACUCAGUUUGAGUUUGAUGAGGAGUGUUUGAAAGCUUUUGAGAUUUUGAAAGAGAAGCUAGUCACAACCCCUGUUGUAGUCGCACCAAAUUGGACUCAUGAUUUUGAGUUAAUGUGCGAUGCUAGUGACUAUGCCAUUGGGGCUGUGUUGGGACAAAGACGUGGCAAAGUUUUUCAUGUUAUUCAUUAUGCCAGUAAAGUUCUGAAUGGUGCACAAUUGAAUUAUGCCACAACUGAAAAAGAAUUUUUGGCAAUUGUGUAUGCUCUUGAAAAGUUUAUACCUUAUUUGAUAGGGUCUAAAGUUAUCAUUUACACUGACCAUUCAGCCAUAAAAUACUUACUGGCAAAGUCUGAUUCAAAGCCACGUCUCAUAAGAUGAGUUUUAAUGUUACAAGAGUUUGAUCUUGAAAUUAAAGACAAAAAGGGGAGCGAGAGCAUUGCUGAUCAUUUGUCUCGCCUCCUUAACACUGAGGUUACUGAUAAAGAAGGAGAAAUUAAAGGAGAAUUUAUUGAUGAGCAUCUGAUGCUCAUUCAACAGAGGCCAUGGUUUGCAGAUAUGAUAAAUUUAAAGCUACAGGAAUUCUCCCUGAUGAUUUGA